AUGUACCUCGAUAAGCGUACCGAGCUCCAAACAAGCGGUGUCGACAGCAGUAUCGAGGAAGAAAAAGCACCCCUCCUGGGUGCUCUCGUCCACUCGCAACUCGGCGUGGAACAAGAGGCAAGGCUUCAAGGCGGUGAUGAGAAGGUGGCAGGACUGACUAAAAGCGAGAUUAUUGGAAAUAUGUGUGAUGCCGGUCAUGAGACUUCUGGUCAUACACUUGUUUUCGCUGUUGCCUAUCUGGCACUCUACCACCAAUGGCAGGAAGAGGUUUAUCAAGAGAUCAUUUCCGCGUGUGGUGAUGAACAACCUACCUACAAGGAUAUGCACAAGUUGCCUCUUACAUUGGCGGUUUGCCUCGAGUCUCUCCGACUUCGUGAUAUAGUUAGUACGAUCAUGAAGGAAGCCAUCGAUGACGUAUUCGUCCCCUACACCACUUGGGAUGGUGAAGGCAACAUGACCACUCGUACACAUCUUGUCAAGAAAGGGUCUCUCUUCAUCAUAGACUCUUCAGCGACCAGUAUUGACCCUCAUGCUUGGGGAUCAGACAAUAUGGAGUUCAAUCCCCGUCGACAUCUCGGAGAUACGCCACCUUUUGUAUCGUUCUCUCUGGGCGCGCGACAGUAUUUGGGCAAGCGAUUCGCCGAAGUGGAGAUGACCAGUUUCGUCAGUGGUUUGUGCAGGAACUUCAAGGUGUAUCCAGUCAAGUCACACGAGGAGGAAAGUUGGGAAGAGAUGAAGGGUAGGAUGAUUGAUAGUGCCACGGAACAGAUCAGCUUCCAGCCUGGAAAAUUUGCUGUCCGUUUGGAGAGAAGGUGA